UUUUAGAUGGCCCAAAUUAGCUGCUGGCGCGGCAGCCACAAUAGGUGUCGUUCACCGAUUGGUGCUCCUCAUUAUUUUUCUGCAGACCUAAUGACACCACAUAAUUCCACGCAUCCCCUGUUUUUCCUUUACUCCCUCUCUGUCUCUUCAUCUUUUUGGCCGCACUGCCACUGCAUCGUCUCUCCCCUCUGUUACAAAAUCGAGUCCCAUCACAGUAGCUCGUCCCCGCCAUCUCUUGCAGCGGCAUAUGUCGCCGCCGUCCACCAAACACCAAAUGAUGGAAAGCUCUCCCUUUUUGUUCCACAGUGAAAUCGUCGCCAAAGUGGGAGAAAGAGGAGACGUUGAAAGUACUAACUAUCGUGUUACCACUGAUGGUUCUUUUCGUCGUGUCGACGCUGAUCUUGAGUGUAGUUUACGUGAUAAGAAGGAAAAGGAAAUUCGCCGAGGUCCUCGAAGAUUGGGAGAGGGACUACGGCCCACACCGGUUCAAGUACAAAGAUCUUUACGUUGCGACGAAAGGAUUCCGGGACCAAGAGUUAUUAGGUGCCGGUGGGUUCGGCCGAGUCUAUAGAGGAAUCUUACCCACAUCGAAUAUAGAGAUUGCGGUGAAGAGGGUCUCCCAUGAAUCGAAACAAGGCAUGAGAGAAUUUGUAGCAGAGAUCAUCAGCAUCGGUCUGCUCCAACACCGCAACUUAGUGUCGCUCCUCGGUUACAGCCGCCGGAAAAGGGAGUUGCUCUUGGUUUACGACUACAUGCCCAAUGGGAGCCUCGACAAGUACCUCUAUAACCAACCAAAGGUCACCCUCAAUUGGAUGCAAAGAUUUAGGGUGAUCAAAGGAGUGGCAUCUGGGCUGCUUUAUCUGCAUGAAGGGUGGGAGCAAGUGGUGAUCCACAGGGAUAUAAAGGCGAGUAACAUCAUGCUAGACGCUGAAUUAAACGGAAGACUCGGAGAUUUUGGGCUCGCGAGAUUACACGACCAUGGAACCGACCCUCAAACGACUCACGUUGCGGGAACGCUCGGUUAUCUCGCCCCCGAGCACAUGCGAACCGGCAAGGCCACCAGGAGCACCGACGUGUUCGCGUUUGGAGCGUUUUUGCUCGAGGUCGCCUGCGGGAGAAGGCCGAUAAAGCAUGGGGACACGGAGGACGUGAUAUUAGUGGACUGGGUAUUUUCUUGCUGGGACAGAGGUGACAUUCUCGAGGUAAGUGAUCCGAAAUUGGGGGCGGAGUUCGUGGAAGGAGAGAUGGAGCUGGUGCUGAAACUCGGGUUGAUGUGCUCCCACUCCAAUCCUUUGAUGAGGCCAAGCAUGCGUCAAGUAUUGCAGUACUUGGAGGGCGAUCUUCCGAUGCCUGAACUGUCGUCCACGGGCGUUUCGUCCAGCGGGUUAACAUUUGCUCAUCGCGAAGGUUUCGACAAUUUGGCCAGGUCCUUUCCGUCCUCCAUGGGCAAGGCAUUUACCCACUCGUCUUCUGUCGCAGAAUCGCUUCUCUCAGGUGGGCGAUGAGACUCCUGGUUUAGUAUGUGUUUGUUUCAUUGAAAUAACUUCUAGCAAAUUAGUUUUCUAUAUUUUCAC